GUUCCGGUUUAAAGUCAACUACCACAAAAUGAUAUUUUAUCCGCAAAACGAUUGUUUUUUUAGUGAAUUUAUAAAUAAAAUAAAUAAUAAUCGCACAAUAUUGUGAUGCACUUUAUUGAGCUAUGUUUUAUCUUCAAUUUUAAGUAAUUUGUGGUAAGGAAUGUCGCGAUUUUUUAGGUUUUUAAGUCGAAGACGAACUGGGAGGGGGGUCAAAAGCUCCUCUCACCCCUUGAAAAAGAAAAAUGCCAUUACCUGCACGGUUAUGCUUCUAGAUGGAACGGACUAUACGACAGAAGUUCAUAAACGAGAUGAGGGAAAUGUCCUCCUAGAGAAGUGCUUCUUUCACCUCGACAUUAUCGAGAAAGAUUACUUUGGUCUCCAGUAUACGGACCAUAACAAUGUCAGCCAUUGGUUGGAUCCAACUAAAGGCAUCAAAAAGCAGGUUAAAAUUGGGCCCCCUUACACGUUCAGAUUCCGGGUAAAAUUUUAUUCCUCUGAGCCCAACAACUUACAUGAAGAGCUUACGAGGUACCAGUUUUUUCUCCAGUUGAAACAGGACAUUUUCACGGAAAAAUUGCCAUGUGAGGAUGACACACUGCUGGAGCUGGCAGCGUACGCUCUGCAGUCUGAGCUUGGAGACUAUGAUGAGGAGAUACACACACCAGGGUAUAUUUCCGAGUUCCGCUUUGUACGGCAUCAGACUGAAGAAAUGGAAUUGGCUUUUGUGGAAAAAUUCAAGGAGUGCAGUGGUAUGACUCCAGCCCAAGCUGAACUAAACUACCUACAGAAAGCCAAGUGGCUCGAGAUGUACGGGGUGGACAUGCAUGAUGUUAUGGGAAAGGACGGCAACUUAUACCAUCUUGGUCUCACCCCUACUGGAAUACUGGUGUUUGAAGGGGAAAAUAAAAUUGGACUUUUCUUCUGGCCUAAAAUGACGCGGUUGGACUUCAAAGGGAAGAAAUUGACGCUGGUAGUCUGUGAAGAUGAUGAUGAGGGUCGUGAACAAGAGCACUCUUUUGUAUUCCGUAUGCCCAGUGACCGAGCAUGCAAGCAUCUGUGGAAAUGCGCUGUCGAGUAUCACGCCUUCUUCCGACUUAAAGGCCCUGUUAAGGACAAGAAUGCCAGACAGAACUUUAUCAGGAUGGGUUCAAGGUUCAGAUACAGUGGAAGAACUGAGUUCCAGACAGCCUCCACAAACCGUGCUCGGCGAAGCGUGAAAUUUGAACGUACAGCGAGUAAACGUUACUCCAGACGGCCGACAUUCGAGAAAAAGGAAAGGGAGGAGGCAAUGAGACGGCAACAGGAAAGACGGAGACAGGAACAGGGGAGAAACUCGACGAAGGUUGAGACAACUAUCGGUGUUGAGCCCACUCCUUCCACCUCCAGUGCCUCUCCUGCGAAGACUCCCACCAGCCCUGCGCCGGGAUCACUUCCCCUUGCAAAUGCUGGUGGGGCUGAAGGUGGCGACACUCUCACCAGAAGGUCUCGGAAGCGAGAGACAUCACAAGAUAAGUCCUCCUCUCCGACCUCACCCCCUGGAGCUGUGGGCGGUAAGGAAGUCAGUCUGAAAGAUGCCUCAGAAGCUGCCCAGGCGCGACUAAAGGGUCUUGACAGCUCUGGCCCAAUGGCCUUGCCCCCUAAACCACCCGCCAAGGACGUUAACACGUAUCAGAACAAUCAGACAAAGUUCGCUCCUGGGUCUGGGACAAUUCCUGCUGACCAAAUGAAGUGCAAUAUUUUAAAAGCAAAACGUGACGAAGAAAUAAAGAAAACAGGUGAAGGAUCUCAAGUUAAUGGAAAUCUGACUGUAGAUUUGCCAGAAAAGAAAGGGAGAGAAACAGAAAUCUCAGAUACGGCAAGCGUUUCUAGCGAAACUUCAGAACCUUCUAGAGAAUCUUCACCCCCGAAAGAGGCCAGCCCCAAAGAGACAUGUAUAGAUGACGUUGCCCCACCCGCUUUACCCCCUAAAGUGAAAAAUGUGAACGAAUUUGUUCCUGAGAAAAGUCACGAUGAAGAAGUUGAUAGUGUAUUUCACAACAGUGAUACGUUACCAUUGGUUCGUACCAAUAAACGAGCUUCCUCAAGUAGCAGUCACAGCUCAUCGCACUCCGCUCGUGUACAGAAUGGGUAUGCGAGUAUUGAGCGCAGGAAGCCAAGCAGCUCGACAAUGAGCCCUAAUGAAGUGUUUACCCCCUCGCCCGGGGCCUCAAAGCCAACAAUCUCACAGGCAUUUCAUUUUAGGGAGAAUGUUGUGGAAAUGCGGAAUUCACCCAUCCCAGCCUCACGUGCCUCUAUUGGGAAAUCUGGAGGCUCCACUGAGGGAAUUAUGGAUAAUGAUAAUAAUGCCACAAAACCCCCUUCCCGGCCCUCCUUGCCCCCUAGGGCACCUAGUGGGGAAUCCCAAGCUCCUAGCCCUCAGCCCUCACUAAGACCCCCUCCAAGGCCCCCAUCAAUCAAGGUCAUCUCUGCUCCCCCUCGCCCCCCACCCCCUAGCAAAAACAAAAGAGAGCAAGAGAUUAUGAUUGAUGGUAGUUUUGAUUCUGGGAGCCUAGAUAGAUCAAGGCCAAGUUCUAGCAGGAGUCUUGAUCCAUCUGAGCCAGAAUUAAGGUCAAAAUCUGAAUUUUCACGGGAAGGUUCAGCUAGGAAUAGUUAUAGAAACUCAACUCCCUAUGAUCCAAAUCUUAAUCCUUUUGGUGAAGAAGAGGAAGGAGAUGACAAAGAUGAUGCUGAUGCUGAUAAUGAUGAUAUGCAGAAUGAUAGUUUAAACCCAUUUGGGGAAGAUUUCAGUGAUAAUAAUGAGGAAGUGGAAAAAAUAGAAAAAACAGUUGAACGGAAAGAAGACAAGCCCCUACCAAGAGCCCCUUCCCCGGAGCCCCGUCAACGCUCCUCUGUGAACCCCUUUUUCGUGGCCUCAAUUAAGAAAAAAGCUGCACCCCUCCCACCCUCCCCAAAUCCAAGCAAGCAAGGAGCUAAAACUACAAAUAUUUCGGCCUCCAUCCCCCCACCCACUUCUAGCAAUGCUCCAAUGAAAAAUACCAAUGCAUAUGUAAAUUUGAAGAAUUCUGAUGAAAGUGAGGCUACAACUUCUGGUGACCUCAGUGUGACCUCUGGAUCAACCAAUGAGGUGCAGGCUGACACAGUGACCCCGCCUGUAACUAUUGAGACGUCAUUUACUGGGCCAUCCACUGCAACUAAGCCAGCGAUUGCAGCAAGAAAGAAUAUUUCCACAUCAAGUGUUCCUGUUUCUAAAAGUGUGACUGUAAAAGUUAACCGAACACAUUCAGAAUCUAUCGUUAAUGGAGACAAACUCUCACCUUGGCACGUCAGCCAGACAGGCGAGAAAAAAGUUGAAAGAAAAGUCACCUUAACCACAGAAUUGUGAUUUUCAAAAAAACAGGCAUAAAAAAGGUUGAAAAAAAUCACCUUUAUUUUCAAACAUAACACAAAAGUUGAUUGGAGCAUUGUGGGUAAAACAGGAGGUCAGUCUGAAAGGUCAUGGUUUCAUUUUCACUUAACAAACAUAUUUUCAACAUGAAAUUGUUGUAAUAUUUUAUAAUGUCUUUUCUAACAUUAUUUUCAACAGUGAAAUGUUGAGAAAUAAUUUUUUGAACUUUAAACUAUUUUCUUUUACUAUUUAGAGCAAUAUUAAUUUUAUUUAGCUUUUAAAUAUGCCUUGUUGUUUGUUGUAUGGGAUUAAGUCUUUCUUAAAGGGAUAUUAAAUGGUUAUGUAUAGAAUAUAAAUGUUUUAGUGUUUUGUUGUGUUGCUUAGACGUUUGAUAGUUUGCCAUGAGAAUUUUAGAGAGGGCAAGGAAUUUUACAGGAUUGCAAUAUUUUUGUACCUAUUUUGUAUAGAUGUUUAAAGUGCAUUACAUAUUUUAUAUUGAAGACCAUUAUAUUCUGUAUCUAGCAUACAUUUGAGUACACUGUUAUAAUGUUACAUUACACGAAUUAUACAUAUCAUCUUCUUUUAAGUGUUUAUUUAUCUGUAAACUUGAAACUCUGAAGUUAUUAAGAAAACUUAAGGUUUAAUACAUUCCAUUACACAUAUUAUGUGACUUGCAACAAACGUCUAAAUGUAAAAGAAAAUCUUGCUUACUGUGAGUAACAUUUUGUGAAAUAUUUGGCUUCCAGUGUUAAAAAGUGUUCUUUAUUUAAAUACUAUUGCCUAGGCUGAUUUCUGCAAUAAAUUAAUAUUGCCAGAAUAUAGAAAGCUUAGAAUUGCUCUCAUUCUUUUUUCUGGAAGAAUGUCACCGUUCACUGUAAAAGUAAGACUGCACAAACUUUUACGACAUUUUUAUUAAAGCACUUUAUUGAUACUCAUAUCAACACCUCUUCUACCAAUGUAUAUGUAAUACUUCAGUAAUCAAAUUACUCAAUGUGUGUUAAGUGUUCCUAGAUGUCAGAUAACCUUAGUUAGUAUUAACUGUUCCCGCCUUUAGCUCAGCUCUUUUUCCAAGUUGUUCUCAGUGUGCAAAAACGUUUAACCUUACCCAUAACUCAAACUUUAAAAGAUAUUAUUAUGAAGCUUGGUACACAUGUUGCCAAAGACAAUAUGCAGACAGCAAGGCCCACAACUAUGGUUUUUAUGCUUAUUGAGUUAUGUCCCUUUUUCCGUUUGAAUCACUCCACACCGCACUUGUUUUAUUAAGCUUACCAGUAAAAUCUCUCAUUUUGCCAAAAUAUAAGUAUGGUCUAUGAUACACAUGUAGGUCAAGGUUUUUUACUUGUAUAUAUAUAUCAGUCAUUUGUAUUUAAAUCACUCAUAGCAAUGGGCUAAUGCAUGUGUAUGCGUACCAGCAUUGAAGCCUCACUAGUAAAUCAAGAAAUCCCAAAUUCAUUGUGUGCUUGGAAGUAAAGACUAAAGCUUACUAAAAGAAUCUUAAGCUUAAAAAUCAUUCUCGUAGACUAAAAAUGUAUUCAUUUUAUUUAAGAGUUGUGUUCUUUAAAGAUUACUGGGGUUUUAUUCAUAGUGAACAUAUUUUUUUGUCAGAACUUUUUUUGUUGACAAUUUUGAAUUUACAUUAAAAAAUAUUUAAAAGAGUCUGUGCAAAGGAAAUAAUUAUGCAUUUUUUUGCUGGAAAGUGUUAUUGUGUGUUAAAAUUGAUUUAAGUGAUUUUAAGAAUUAAUGAUUUUCAUCCCGAAUACAUUCCUGUGAAAAUAACGGUUGUGAAGUGUGACAUAUCAUAUACAAGAUUUUUGUUUUUAAUUUUGGUGUUUAAUAUUGUGAAGUGUCUUUUGUGCUAUUUUUGCGUUUUAUUUUUGGAUUUUAAUGUUCCUAUCAUAUCUGAAUGAAAAAUGUUUAUUUUUGGAUUUUAAUCUUUCUGUCAUAUUUUAAUCAAAAAUGUAACAAAUGUACAUGAAUAAGUAUUGGGGACUUUUGAGUUUUUAAAAAAUGUAUGACUUGGAAACAAAUGUUCAAUGUUUAUCUGAUGUUGGAUGAGAACAUAUUAUACUAUUAUGUUAUAAACUUAUUUUAAUUCUGUUUGGCAUUAAAACAAUGCCAUCUUUGUUGAUUUUUUUUGCUUGGCAAUUGAUUUCUUUACAUGAUCGGUUUUGGUAACUGAAUUAAUGUUCUAGAUUUUGCAAUUCAGUAUUGGCAUUUGUUUCUGUAUUUGAAAUUGUGGAAUGGUUUGCGUUGUUUUUAAAAACUACGAAAUAAUUCAAUAAUAAUAUAAGUGAUUAUAAUGAUUGUAAAAAUCUUCACAAUUAAAAAUGAUAUUUUUCCAAAAUCAAGACAUCUUGUAUUUACUUAUGAAAAUCCUUACGUUUGUUUUUUUAAUAAGAAAACAGUGAUCAAAUAUGUAAUACUGUAACUGUAUUUUUUAUAAAGUUAAGCUACAAGAUAAGCUACAGUUUCAAUCUUAUGUCAUACAAUACAUGUAUGUUAUUGUAAGUGUUGUUUUAAUGGAUUUGUUCAAAGAGAUGUCAUCGAUUGACAAUAAUGAAAUGUUGAUGUUUUUAAAUGGAAAAUGCAAUAUUUUAAACUGUUUACUUGCUGACUACAUAUUAAUUGUAUUUCUGUAUACUCAGUAUAGGUUUUUACUAUUGUAUUAUCGCUGUACUUUUAUGUUUUAUUUCAAUGAAUGGUCAGACUGUUAUUGUAUCUAAAUUCCUCUUAAAUUGCAUCAAGCCAUAAAGCAGCAGAUAUGGGCAUACUAUUUUACAUAUAUAUUUCCACCCACAGAAAAUUGUACAUAAGAUGCAACAUUUGUGACACUGUCAGUGAAAAUGAGUUCUUUAAGGGAUAAAAUGUCCUUUUUAGUUUUUUUGCAGAUUCUGAUUGUGUUGGAAAGUAAAAAAUGAAUGUUGAAAAUUAAUAUUUUGGUAUUUGUUGACUUCAAACAGUAUGUGUUCAACAACGACAUGUUGCAUUUGGACAAAAAUAGAGUUUACAACAUGAUUUACUCAGCAAGACUCAUUUUCAAUAGCAAUGUCAUAAUUUUAAUGUAGAAAUAGUGAAGUUAUGUUAAAUCAUAGUUACAAUACCUUUGUGAUAUAGUUAAAGAGGCCUUGUGUAGAGUAACUGUAGACCAUGCUUCUUUUAGCAUACUACUACCCCGGUACUGUAGUAUGUGGACUUACAAGGGUUUUAAUUAAUUUAUAGAAACUUGUGUCUCUUCAUGGUUUCGUUUUGCUUGAAGAGAACAAUCAAAACUUAAGUAAAAUAGCAAUAUGCUCUCGAAGAAAAGAAAAGGACCAUCUUGAUUUUCAUUCUUUAAUGUGUUUCAUCAACAACAACAAGAUGAUUUCUCUUUUCAAAUUGAUUAUGUUUGUUUCAUAAUUACUGGCAUUUGAUUGGUGGUUUAUGCCGAAAGAAAUAACUCAUACUCAUAGGCUGAAAGAAAGCAUGUCCUGUUUCUUUUGUAACAUAUAAAUAUAUUAGUGUUUAUUUUGUUCAAAGAGUUUGGUAUUUUAUGUUGUAAAGCGGUAAUACAACAUUUGCCAGUAUGUUACAUAGUAUAUAGAACUGUAUUGGAAUGGUUAUGAAUACUUGUUAAAACUGUACAGCUCAGUAAUAGUGUUAUGAUAAACAUAUACUCUAUACAUAUCACAUAAAAAGCGGCUAAUGUGUAUUGUAAGUGCCUCUUUAUUUUGAAUAUUCAAAAUGUUUGUACAAAAUUCUGUAAAUAGCCUGCAUGUACUUAACUUAUAUCUAUCUUUCCUUGUAAGCAUACACAAGUUCUGAAAUGUAUGUUUCUUUUUUUUCAUUCAAGCUCUCCUCUGUAAGAUAAACUAGUGACAAUUUUUCUGACUUAUGUAGUAAAUCUGUCCUGCAUGGCGACACUAUUGAAAUAUUUAAGAGAACUAUGCAGUCAACUAAAUCCAUUAAGGGUCACUCACACAAAAAGGUAUUUCACAAGCAGAUAUGUAAUAUCCCUAGGCAAGCCCUUGUUCUCUAAUGACCUAUUCUUCUCCAUAUUUCUGUUAGCAACCUUCCCAACAGACUCAGAAGUGAGUUCUUCUAUGAUAAUUUUAUUUUAACAGUUUUAUGGGUGACCCCUAAUGUGUUUUGUUGAGUGUUUUACUUGUAACUGUUCAAUGUGCAUCAACUGUUGAAUGCUUAAAAAGAAAAUUCAAAGGUUCAUGCAAAGACAAGCAUAACUCCAAAUAAGAAUAGGAGCUAAGUCUGUCUUUCGCUGGGUCCUUGAAUGAAGUAUAUGAUAUAUGAAGACUGAUAAGCCCUCUUGACGUGUAUAUUGAAUAUUCCAUUUUUGCCAUAAACAACAUAAAAUGUAAAUGCGAGCGUUGGGGCUGUUUAUCAAGAACUCCAGGACUAGUCCAAUUCCUAGAUGAGACCUUCAACAGUAGAACUGUAGUGAUCAAGGUCAACUGGCAAGACCAUUUCUUUGGAUUCCUGAUAAAACAGUCCCUGACAAAAACUGUUAUGAAGUAAACAAUCAUCCUUUUAAUUAAAACUGUACAAUUCCGUUACUUAAACUCUUGAAGCAAUUGUUGAUAUUGAGAAGUUUAUAUAAGCAAGCAUACUGUUACUACAUCAAAGCAUACUGUUACUACAUCAAUAGUAUAUUAUUGUCUGUACUCGCUUAUGCUGUAUUGUACAUGAGGACUUAACUAGUCACAAUAAAGUGAAAAUCUGC